AUGGAUCCCAGUGUACUCGCCAACAUGGACAAGGACGCAUUGAGGAAGCAAAUCGAGAACAUGAAAUAUCAGGCCAACAUGGAACGGUGGCCGCUUUCCAAAAGUAUCGCAGCGAUGCGAGAAUACGUGGAAGAAAACGAAAAGAACGACCCACUGAUCCACGCGCCCGACAAGAAAAACAAUCCAUGGGCCGAAAAGGGCAAGUGCGUGAUCAUGUAAAAGAGCCCGAAAUUUCUCUCGUUACACGCUUGCCUCUUUGAAGCAAUCGCACUCAACACAGCCCGACGAUGCCUGACGACGACGACGACGCAGCAGCAGCAGCAGUGUUAGCCUCGUCUCUGGCCGGCGUCAAACGUCCGCCCGACGCCGUCUGCUGCCUCUGGCUGAGCCAUGAGCAGCAGCGACAACACCACCACCUCCACCACUAGAUCUAGAGAGAAACGACAGAGACGACGCGUAGUACAGACCAACGCCAAAGAUCUACUUACGACUACAUUUAAUUACUACUAACGAAUCGUCGGAAAUUCGGGAGUCAGCGACACCCGAGCAUUAAGCUUAUUUACAUGUAACCAUGUCAAUGACGAUCAUCAAAAAUAUUGUAAUGACGGCGGCGAUACUCUACAGUAUAAACUUAUAUACGAUGAUUGAUUAACCGAAAUCAAGUCUACUCGACUUUUGCGAUAUAAGCGGCAUUUUAUAUUAAGACAUUUCUUAAUCACCGAUCACACCGAUCGCACGAGGCACGUGUCUCGUGUUCCGACACACGAAGCUCCAAUUCACUUUUUUACACCAUCACUACCAUCACCGCAAAUUUAUUCAAAUCAAUAAUCGAUUGCCAUUGCUGUACACAUAUUACAAUAAAACUAACGAUAUGUUAAGCCGUUUCACACCUCCUAUUUCUGAGAAAAUCGACAUAGAAAAACAAGAAUAACGCAAGGCGAUAAUUAUUACUUACCUAGAUAUUUAUAAAUAUUAUAUACGUGAAUACCGUGCAAUAAUGCUGCCAUUAUUAUUAUAUGUGAAGAUGCGAUUACAUGUGAGAAACCUGAACAUUAUUAUCUCCAAAGAUAAUUUCGACGACCAACUAAUAAACAAGAGUAAUCAAACAAAAAGUUCAAUAAAUAGCGAGAAAAAAAAACGAUUUUAGUAAGGAUCAUAACGAUAAGAACACUGCACGCGCACGACGAAUCUUCGCGCACUCGUCGCACUACCGCAGCUUUUUUCUAUGAAAAAUGACGAUGAUUAUUAAUAAACGAGCAAAUUACGUCGGCGAUGAUGAAAAACUAGUAGGCAAAAAAUGUUUAACAAAAUAAUUCAUUUUAAAACUUUAAAUGAGAUGUUUAAAUGAAUAAUUAAUAAUAAUGAAGGUAAAUUUAAAAAUUGAUUGCCGCGAAGAGACUGCAUAAUUUGGAGCAGUCUGCUUCGGUCGAGAUGAUCUUUGAAAAAGAUCGUCCUUUGCUGCACUCUGCAACACUCGUGCGUAACUUUUUUUCAAACUUGUAUUAGGACAAAAAUUUUUUGAGCUUGCACCAAUAUCAUGAUAAAAUGUAUAGUGGUCAAGAAGAGAAUUACAAAAAUGAAAAAUUGUUAUUAGGAAAAAUGUACACGAGUCUUUGAAAGGGCUUCAAAGUGAAACAAAAAUUAAUCGAGACUAUCAUUUUUAAUAAAAUAAAUAAAGAAAAAAAUACUUAAUUGUAAUUGUAAAAAAAAAAUUAAAAACACGUGGGUACAAUUGAUCAUAAAUAUACGCGACGACGAUUUAUUAGACGAUUGUUUAUUAGGAAAAAUUAUUUACGCGGCGCUCGUUAACGUACUGUAGAUGAUACGUAUUCGAUUCCGAUUAUUGCGUAAUAAUUGCGCGAAGGAAAGGGUAAACGAAAUUCAUAACGACAACACUCGCGACGAUCAUUUUUCUACUGAACGAUUAUAUAUAAAUAAUUAUAGAAUGAGAAGAAAAAAAUAUCAUUGAAAAUAUUCAUCGUAUUUUGCGUUCCUCUUAGUUCGCAUAAAACUGAUUAUUCUAUACAUUGCAUUGCGUAUAUUUAACAUAAUUCUUUCUAUCGAUACGGCUAAUAAAUCUCUAAUUAUAAUAAAUACGUGCUAAACAUUUAAAAAAUUUCUUCGAUCGAUAUUCGAUGUGUUAAAUAGAGAAAAGCGCGGCGUACGGAUUAAACAUUUUCACUUAUGUAAUAUUAGAUAAAACAAUUAGUAAUGGUGAUAAAAUGUCUUAUAUGCAAAAGCGCUAUUAUGAUUAUUAUCAUUAAUUACGUGUAGAGAGUGAAAGAGAAAGAGUAAACGUGUGAACGAGUGUGAGCUUGAGAAUUCAUGGACCAAACAAACGCGACCAAGUGCCAAAAAAUUCACAUCCAAGAGAGAGGGAAAAGAAGGGAGAAAGGACGCGUCGAUCCUCAAUCGCAUUUAAUACGCCUCCCAAGCGGGGUUCAAAACCCUUCGACGGUCCUUCUCGUUCGCGCUGCCGCUGGCCGAGGAAAAAAAUCGGUUUAUUUUCUCGUCACCGCUGCGCACGAGUUUGACACAGCCCCUCGACGAACAGAGUCCGUUUGUGUACGCGCCACUGUGUAAUACUGUGUGGGUGUAUUGUUUACGCUUUAUUGUAACUUUGAUAAAAAAAAAAGAAAAAGAAAAGAGACAAAUGUGUGUCCGCCUGCGAGUGAAUUUAUGUAUGAUAUGGCACACGCUGUGACCGCCGCCGCUGCCAUGGAUAUUACAAUUAAAAGUGAAACAGAAAAAUGCGUGGAUUGUGCGUGUGCGCGUGUCAAGUGUACGGUAAAAAUAUAUAUUGAGAGAUAGAGAGAAUGUACAUGUGCCAUUACUUCCAACUUUUCGUCAUCGUCGGUUUACCGACAUUAAAUCUCUCGAGCGAGCUAAAACAAAAAGAGAACAAAAUUUGAAAAAAAAAGACUUUUUAAUUCAGUUUUAUUAUGAGUUAUUUCUUACUUGCUUAUUCGACUUAUGUAUUAUUUGUUAUUUUGUUAUCAAUGUGAUAUUGUAUUAAUUUUCCUGAUUUAUUUCUUCUUUUACUUUUUAGGAUAUUUUAUGGUACUUUUUAAGUGUAAAAGAUUUGGCAAUCGUCGCCGUGCGAUAAUAAUUAUGUAAUAUUGAUGAUAAAUUAUAAAUAUAUAAAUAUAUAUAUUUAAGAUAGAUUGAGAGAAUGAUGAUGCGCUCGCGCUCGCCGAGGGACAUCAUCCCGGCCGACGGACAACGGCAAUAAAUAAUAAGUUCAUAUAAAUAAUAAUAACAUAUAAAUAAAUAAAAAUAUAUUAUAUAUAUAAAGUUGACCAACGUUCAGUCGAUUUGUAUUGAAUAAUCCCAAAGCUUUUGAGUGAUAUUUUUACUAUUUUUAGUUUUAUAAAGAUGAAAAACGAUGAUGUUCCUCGGCGCCUGUGGCUCCGAACAUAUGAUGCGCGUAUACAAGCGAAGGUCUACUUUUUUCGUUCAACAUUAUAUUACAUAAAUGCACUAGCUUCGAUUUUAUUGCAAGAGUAUUAUUUCUUAUACUUUUCAUAGCAUUGAUUGUAUUAGUUAUAGUGAAACGUAUUUGGCUUCAGAGUAUUUUUCGUAUUUAAGUCUAUCAUUUAAAUUAUACAUAACGACGUAUUGUAUACUUAUAUGAAUUACGUGUACUUGGUUCAAAAUGUAAGAUUUAAUGAAAAAUUGAUGAAUAAACAAAAAUGAUCAUAGCUGUGCGUCGCGCGCCAGUUUUUCAAUUGUAAGCGAAAAAAAACGCGUAAAUUAUUAUAUUAUACAUACAUACAUAACAUCUAUUUUCCUAUAAUUUAAUCUCGAAAAAAAUGUUGUCACUCUAAAUAGCUUUAUUAUACGAAAAAGUAAAGAAAACAAAAUUUUCAAGGUGAAAAUCUAAAUUACGAGUAACAAAUUUUCAUCAACUAUUGUGUAUUGAGUAUACCAUUAAUAUUUUAGUGUAUCGACAUAACUCUACGUAGCACUUGUGUCACGAAUAAGAUCUGGGAUUUAACAAAUUGAGCGAAAAAAGAGGAAAAUACAAAACUCGAAGCACGAACGUAUGCCAAGUCAAUGGAUACCGAGGUAAAGGUACGCAAACGCAGAAAAGCGAAUUAGCGUCGACUCUCGGUAGAACGUUGAGAGCAAACAAUUACGAUUUGUUGUAGGCAAAAUUUUUCUCACAAGGGUUAAAACAGAAAUUCACACUUGUAUCCAUGCGCUGUAUAAGUUGUUAAGUCGUACUUACUACACAUGUAAUAACGCGAGCGGUUUCUUACGAAAAUAUAAUGUCGUAUUUCGAAAGCUAUAUAUUAUA